AUGUCAGGCUUGAGAACUGUUUCUGCUUCAUCCGGUAAUGGAAAGAGCUAUGACUCUAUUAUGAAAAUUUUAUUGAUUGGUGAUUCUGGUGUUGGGAAAUCAUGUUUAUUGGUUCGUUUUGUUGAAGACAAAUUUAACCCGUCAUUUAUCACCACCAUUGGUAUUGAUUUCAAAAUAAAGACUGUCGAUAUCAACGGUAAGAAGGUAAAGCUGCAACUUUGGGAUACCGCUGGUCAAGAACGUUUCCGGACAAUCACCACAGCGUAUUAUCGUGGUGCUAUGGGUAUCAUUCUUGUAUAUGAUGUGACAGACGAGAGAACAUUUACUAAUAUCAAGCAAUGGUUUAAAACCGUUAAUGAGCAUGCGAACGAUGAAGCACAGCUACUGUUGGUUGGUAACAAGAGCGAUAUGGAGACGAGAGUGGUAACAGCUGAUCAAGGUGAAGCCUUGGCUAAGGAGCUGGGUAUACCAUUCAUCGAGUCCAGUGCUAAGAACGAUGACAAUGUCAACGAGAUUUUUUUCACCUUGGCGAAGUUAAUCCAAGAAAAAAUCGACAGUAACAAGCUUGUUGGCGUCGGUAACGGUAAAGAGGGCAAUAUUAGCAUCAAUAGUGGGAGCGGAAACAGUUCUAAAUCAAAUUGCUGUUGA